AUGACGCCGGGUGAAGAUGACAAGGAAUUCAAGGAGGAACCUAAUGUUCAGGUUCUAAGCGACGACGACGACGACACUGAAGUGAAGGAAACAAACGAAGGUGGAGAAGAAGUUACCGGAGACGACGAUGAAGAAUUCGACGGUGAAGAAGACGACGAUGACGAUGAUGACGACGACGACGACGAGGACGAUGAAGAAGAGGAGGAGGAUCUUGGGACGGAGUACUUAGUGAGGCCGCUUGGUGAGGGUGAAGACGAGGAAGACGCAAGUGACUUCAAUCCGGAGGAGAAUGACGUUGAAGAAGACAUCGAUGAAGAUGAAGUUGACGAAGACGAUGUUGAUGAUGUCUGUAACUUGUCUGCUGGCCAAUCUGGCAAGAGGAAGAGGGUUGCAAAGGACCACAAUGAGCCAGGAGCUGUUGCCGGUGAUGACCUCAGGCCUUCCAAACGCUAG